UCUACGAGCGAAAAAUCAAGAUAAAUAACUAACAAAAACACUAUGCCGGUUUCUUCUUUGCAGAUGCCCUAUCUGAACCCCGCCCGCUCUCUGGGACCAUCGUUCGUGCUGAACAAAUGGGACAAUCAUUGGGUGUACUGGGUAGGACCGCUGGCUGGUGGCAUGGUUUCGGGUCUGCUGCACGAAUUCAUCUUCAGCACACGGAAAACGGUGAAAAAAUCCAAGGACGAAGGUGAUUCCAGCAUCAAUUCGGACGAAGACAUCAACUACGAUAUGGAUAUCGAUAAACCACAGCAGGCGGGCAAGUACCACACAUACCGGCCCCCGACUGGAACGCUGGUCAGCCAGCAGCGGUACUGCCAAAGCAUCUACACUGCCGAACCAACGUCGAAAACGGAUCGUGUGGAAUCGAUCUACGGUGGAACCAAGUCCAUGUACUGCAAAUCGCCACCGCUAACCCGUGCCAACUUGAACCGAUCCCAAUCCGUGUACACUAAGAGCAACACUGCCCUCAAUCGUGAUCUGAGUAUUCGACCAGGACCUCUAGUUCCCGCUCAGAGUCUGUACCCGCUGAGAGUUACUCAACCCCAGAGCUCCCACCUGCAGAAUCAAAAUGUCCAAAAUCAACUGCAGCAGAGAUCCGAAAGCAUCUACGGAAUUCGGAGCUCAAUGCGACAACCAGGACCAGCCGACCGCAUUCCCCAACAAAUGCCUCCACAUCCCCAGAACGUGGAUCCCCAAAGCUAUCAACCCAUCUACGGAACUCGCAACAAUCCAAACUGUUCAACAGAUGCCCUCAAAUUUGAUCGGGAUCCCCGAGAAAACAGUCGCGAUGAUUCCAUGUCUUCCAAAUUUGCCCGCGCUGUCCGCCCGGAAUCCAUGUACGGUCAGCGGCGGGUUCAGUCAGCCCAGUCCGACGACAGUUCCUAUGGUUCCUACCACGGGUCGGGUCCUGCCAUCACUCCGCCAACCCGCAACGCCAGCAAUAGUAGCAGCACCUAUAACGGAGGUCUAGUUCUACCGAACUACGGGCACGGGCCCGCCGGAAUGAACCAAGUUCAGAUGGCGGAACGGAAAAUGUCUUCUUCUUCAUCUCAGCAACAGCAACAGCAGCAGCAGCAGCAGCAACAACAACAACAACACCAACAGCAACAACAACAGCAAUCCAUGAGAAACGCAACAAGUAUACAAAAUACCAACCUACCACCGCCACCCCCGCAGCUACAGAACCACCAAGGCUACCAGAUGCAUCCAGUGCGACAGAACUAAGAACCACCGAAAUGAGUUAUAAAACUCCUGUAAAUCGUGUGUUUUGUUAUUUUUAGUUUGAAAGAUGUUUUAAAUGUAGUUAGAAUCUUUCUUUGCAAUGAA